GACUUUAUAUUUACAGCACAAGGUUUAAGACGAAAGUGUAGUUAGGAGCUGAUUAGAUAAAAGAACCGAAACACUGUAAAGCAAUACACAUAGAUUAAUUUAUUUACUUAUAGCAAAGUGGCCUUGUGUGUAGAUUGUUACCUUAACAAGAUGGCUACGUUUUGCGUACACAGAGCAUACCAUGUGACUAACUUGUAAGUGUGUAAUAGUACAGUAGGCAAGCAUAAUGUAUAAGGCGCUGUAUUCCAUUUUAUAUCCCUCUUCGCUUCUGUAAAUCAGUAAGGACUUCCUUAAUGGUGCUAAAGUUAGUUCAGCUAUAGCCAGUUAUGGUCAGACACAGGGGGGAUAUAUGGAGUUCGAUUGCGGUACUCAUACUUUCAAUUGAUACAUCAGUUGUCGGCGUGUGUGGUAAAGUCUUGAAGUAUUUGCAGACUUCCUCCAGGUGUUUUUCUGGUACUGCCUGUGCCAAAAAAAUCAACAUGGAAAAGGAAGAGACCGAAGAAAGCCCCAGAUCCCUAUUGGGUGAGAUGGAAGAGCAGGUGAAGGAGGAGCAGGCCGGUAGCAGCAGCAGCAGCACAGAGCCAGCCAGAGGGGAGGAGGUGGUGAAGAAGCGUGGGAGCUCCACGCAGGACUCGAGGAGGAGUAGCUCCUCUCGCUCCUCCAGGAAGAGCUUCCGCCUCGACCACAGGCUGGAGGAGGACGUCACUAAGUCCAAGAGGGACAAGCACGGCCGCUUUGUCAACCCCUGGCCCACGUGGAAUGUGCCUACCUUGUACAACGUGCUGAAAUGGCAGUUCACAGAGAAGGACCACAGCAAAGUUCCCAGCUCUAAAGAGGUGCUUGAUAGAGAGCUACCAGUGCAGGAGCCCUACUUCAUUCAGAACCCUCAGCUGGCUGGCAAGACAGGUGCAGGGAUGAGAGCCACAUGGCUGGGACACGCAACUGUCCUGGUAGAGAUGGACGAUCUGACCUUCCUGACUGACCCCGUAUUCAGCCAGCGGGCCUCCCCCUUACACUUUAUGGGGCCUAAGCGUUUCCGGGGCCCCCCUUGCUCGGUGGCCCAGCUCCCCAAGAUUGACGCCGUGGUCAUCAGCCACACCCACUACGACCACCUGGACUCCGGCUCAGUGGCCAGUCUGAAUGAGCGCUUUGGCAGUGAGCUGCGCUGGUUUGUGCCCCAGGGCCUCAUGGACUGGAUGCAGAAGUGCGGCUGUGAGAAUGUCAUUGAGCUCGACUGGUGGGAGGAGAACUGCAUCCCAGGCCACGAUGAGGUCACCUUUGUGCUCACCCCAGCACAGCACUGGUGCAAGCGCACUCCCACAGACGAUAACAGGGUGCUCUGGGGAAGUUGGUCCGUCCUGGGACCCGGAAACCGCUUCUUCUUCGCUGGGGACACAGGUUACUGUUCAGCCUUUGAGCAGAUUGGAAAACGGUUUGGUCCCUUUGACCUGGCAGCUAUUCCCAUUGGAGCAUAUGAACCAAGGUGGUUCAUGAAAUCCCAGCAUGUGGAUCCAGAGGAGGCAGUAAGGAUUCACAUUGAUGUCCAGGCAAAAUGUUCGCUCGGCAUUCACUGGGGAACGUUUGCUUUAGCUUAUGAGUUUUACUUGGAUCCACCUGUUAAACUUAAAGAAGCCAUGGAUAGAUACGGACUGAACCAGGACAAAUUCUUUGUUUUAAAGCAUGGAGAAUCUAAAGAUUUGAAUGUUGAGGAAGACGCGUUUGAGUGAAGAGAUGGCACUUCCUAGAUCUAGAAGUAACAUGAAUAGUUUUUAAAACUAUCUUCACAUUUUUACUGUUGAGAAAGGAGAAAGUCAAUAGUAACAUUUAAUACAAAUAUAAAAAAUCAAGGACAAUACAAAAUGUGUUUUUGAAUUCAGCUGAUGUUCAAAGACAAUGUUAAACAGAUGUGUACUGUACUUUGCCAUAUAUUUGCUACAUGUUUGCUAACAAGUUUUGGACACUUCUCCUUCAUAUUGAUUGCAUCAGAUUGUGAGUGAAAAUUGCUGUAAGUUGGGGUGGGGUGAGGAAUGAACCAAGAGCAGUGCAAUACAAAUGAUUUUUACCUUGAUCUUUGUAGUUCAGGAAUGUCAGUAUGCUGAUUCUUUGAUACUAAAUGUUGUUGUAACUCCUAAUGAAGCAGCACAAAUAAAUUUUCUUUGUGCCCUGUAUAUGUAAAGAACAGCUAAUUUAGAAAAACAGAAAUGGGUUUAAAACAUUAACCCUUUGCGGUCCUAUGUCGGACCUGGCCCGACAUUGCAAUUAUUCCUAUCAGGUCCAUUGUCGGACCCUGUCCGACAUCAUCAAAAAAACGCAAAAAACGGGUUUCUAGUCGUUUUUUCUCCGGAAAAAGCUGAGAAAACCAUUCAGUGGCCGAGUGGGAGCGACAGGAGCCGAGACAAGCCGAAAAAAACAAAAAUAAAACAAAGGGUGUAUCUCAUGAAUAGUCAUACUUGCCCCUGGCAUCAGAUAACGGGGCGGUCAUAAGGAAACAAGCUGGCUGAUACUGCAUCAGCGCACAGAGAACAUCACGGACAUUUGCAGAGCUUUUUUGAGAUGUUAUAGUAAUAAAAUAAUGACUUGGAUCGCAUUAUUGAGGAGUUUGGUGAUAAAACGAGUGAUCAGGAGAUGAUUGAGUUAGUGAUUGCCAGUCCUGUAUUUCCAAUGCAAAAGAUGUAAAAUGCAGGUCAGUUUUACUGCAAAUUGUCAACAGUGUAUUUUUGGAGUUAACAUGAUGUGGUAAUCGUAUAAACCUUGAUUUUGCCUGUAUUCACAACUGCUCUUUUUCACGUGCAUAUCUUUUCUCAUAGGCCAAAUAAAUGUCAAAUCUGAAA